GUGUGGCCUCUCAAUAAUCUCUGUACGCGCUGCCCUUUCCAACGACGCAUUGGGCUCGAGAUGAUCCUCACGCAGUGCGCCGUCUGCGCUACCGAGCUUGGCACCGGCGGAAAGAGGUGCGGCCGCUGCAGUACACGCUACUGCGGGCCGGCCUGCCAGAAACAACACUGGGAGGCAGGCGGCCAUGACAAGCUCUGCAAGAUGAUAAAAAAGGGCGGCGGCGCCGAAGAAUACCACGCCGAAAAAAAAUACAAGGAGGCCGUCGCGGUCGCGGCCGAGAAGUACGCCGACGACACGAAGGGCCAGACGUGCUUCAUCUGCACGCAGGCGCUCCAUUGGAAAACGAAGGAGGGCCUCGUGCGCGGGUGCUCGUGCCGCGGGACGGCAGGCGUUGUGCACGUGUCGUGUCUGGUGGAGCAGGCGAAGAUUUUGGUCGCCGAGGGUGAGGAGAACAAUUUGGACUACGAGGCGAUGCAGCCGAGGUGGGAUCGGUGGACCCAGUGUAGCUUGUGCGAGCAAAGUUACCACAGCGUUGUGCGGUGUGCCCUCGGGUGGGCCUGCUGGAAGACGUUUGUGGGUCGGCCUGAGAUGGACCCAACUCGGCAAUUGGCUUUAUGCUUACUAGGGAAGGGCUUAUCCGCCGGAGGUCACUACGAGGACGCAUUGGUCGUGCAAGAGGCCGAGUUGGCUACGGGGCGGCGCGUUGGCACAUCAGAGAACGCGAAUCACAUGCUCACUGUUAAAUCCAAUCUUGCAAAAACGUAUCAAUCGCUCGACCGAUCCGAAGAGGCCCUGUCCCUGCGGCAAGAGGUAUACUCUAGAACCUUGAAACUCCAUGGCAAAGAACAUGGUAGAACCCUCCAAGCGGCCAGCAACUACGUGUCAUCCCUUAUUGGACUCAAGCGCUUCCAACAAGCCAAGAAGCUAUUGCGCAAAUCGAUACCCGCGGCGCGGCGCGUUCUCGGAGAGAGUAAUCAGAUCACGCUUCAUUUGAGGUGUAAUUACGCGCAGUCGCUCUGCUGCAACGCCGCCGCCACGCUCCCCGAACUACGCGAGGCCGUGACGACGUUCGAGGACGUUGAACGUAUCGCGCGACGCGUACUUGGUGGCGCGCACCCGUUCACAACGGGGGUUGAGGACUCCCUUCGAAAGUUGAGAGACGCGCUCACCACCCGCGAGACGCCGUCGGGGAGUGCGUAAGUAUGUGGA